AUGAGAAACAGAUGUCUAAGAGUGCUGCCAGGACUGUCAGUGCUGCUGUUGUUGCCAUUGGUUUCUGCAGCCCAGAAGGAUAGGGACAUCAAGGACUGUGGACCAAACUCAAGAGUGUCCUGUGGAGUAUAUUUAGACUGCCAAAACUUCACGGAGUCCUACUGCAGUUGCCACAAAGGCUACAGGCCUGCUUCUGAGGCAAUGUUCGGCAUUGAUCCUGAUAAACCCUGUGAUGACACAGGACUCGUUUUGCAUUUCUUUAUGACAAUGUUUGCUGCAAAAGAAACUAUUAAAGCCUCUACCCCGGAAGACUGUGCUUGGUGGUGUCCUCUGAACUCCAAAUGUGUCAACGCCACUGCCUGUCACUGUGCUCAGGGAUUCCAUUCUUCAUCUGGAGAGAUCCUCACUAGCCCUUUCAAGAGAUGUGAUGACAUCGAUGAGUGUGAACCAUCCUCGACCGUGACCUGUGGAAAGCAUGCAGAUUGCCAGAACACAGAGGGAAGCUACUACUGCAUGUGCAACCAGGGAUAUGAGCUUGUUUCUGGAGCAAAGAAAUUCUGGAAAGAAAGUGAGAACACAUGUCAAGGGAUCUCCUCCAGCACCAGCACCGGCACCGGCACCGGCACCGGCACCAGGACUGGCACCGGCACCGGGACUGGCACUGGCACCGGCACCAGGACUGGCACUGGCACCGGGACUGGCACCGGCACCGGCACCGGGACUGGCACUGGCACCGGCACCGGGACUAAACACCCUGGAAUCAACAACAGCAAGGUCUCCAGUUUGUUACAAAAAUUUGAUGAUUUCGACAGAGACUUCAAGUCAGCCUCAGAUCCCGACAAGAUCCAGGACCUCAUCCAGGGGGUGGAUGACCUGCUGGAGAACCCUGGGGACCUGGAGACCUUGUCCCACUCAGAGCAGAACUCUGUGGCCACUACCCUGCUCCACAGAAUGGAACAUGUCAUCUUCAAAAAGCUGAGCAAGGCCCCACCCAAUGGGUCACUGACCUUUAAUGCACCUGGAGGCACAGAACUGUCUCUGAAGAUAAAGAAGCAAGGAGACAGGAAUGUCACCUUGAGUGUUAAUCAGGCGAAGAUGGUGCUGGACUGGGAUACAGUACAGGAAUCUGGUGACUCAGGUCCGUCUACAGUGGGCCUUUUCUCCACACCAGUAAUGGGCAAGUUUAUGGCUAAAGCCCCCCUAGUUCUAGAAACUGAGGAGCAGUCAGUUCUGAAUGAGACACACAAGGGCCUGCUGGAGGAAGUCUCCCCUGUCCUGCUCUCAGAUGUCAUCUCCGUCUUUGUGAGCAAUAAUAACACCCAGAACCUAAGCUCCCCAGUCACCUUCAUCUUCAAGCAUUCAGUGACCCCGAGGCCAAAGCAGAAGGUGUUCUGUGUCUUCUGGGAGCCUGGCCAGAAUGGAAGUGGUCAUUGGUCCACCAAAGGCUGCUGGAGGGUGUGCACUAGAGACACCAGCACCACCUGCCAAUGCAGCCACCUCAGCAGCUUUGCCGUCCUCAUGGCCCACUAUGAUGUGCAGGAUGAUGAUCCCGCCCUGGCUGUGAUCACCUACCUGGGGCUGAGCCUCUCUCUGCUGUGCCUCUUCCUGGCGGCUCUCACCUUCCUGCUGUGCAAAGCCAUCCAGAACACCUGCACCUCACUCCACCUGCAUCUCUCGCUCUGCCUCUUCCUGGCCCACCUGCUCUUCCUCACGGCCAUCGACAGUACUGAGAACAAGGUGCUGUGCGCCAUCAUCGCCGGUGCCUUACACUAUCUCUACCUGGCCUCCUUCACCUGGAUGCUGCUGGAGGGCCUGCACCUCUUCCUCACUGCACGCAACCUGACGGUGGUCAACUACUCCAGCAUGAGCAGGUUCAUGAAGAAGUUCAUGCUCCCUGUGGGCUACGGCGUCCCAGCUGUGAUUGUGGUCAUUUCCGCAGCUUCCAGGCCUCACCUUUAUGGAACACCUGCCCGAUGCUGGCUCAGCACACAAAAGGGAUUUAUAUGGACCUUCCUUGGCCCCGUCUGCACCAUCUUCUCUAUUAACUUGGCUUUCUUUCUGAUGACCUUCUGGAUUCUGAAAACCAAGCUCUCCUCACUCAACAGGGACGUGUCCACCCUCCAGAACACGAGGAUGUUGACAUUUAAAGCGACAGCUCAGCUCUUCAUCUUGGGCUGCACAUGGUGUCUGGGAAUCCUGCAGGUGGGUCCAGCUGCUCACGCCAUGGCCUAUCUCUUCACCAUCAUCAACAGCCUGCAGGGCGUCUUCAUCUUCCUGGUGUACUGUCUCCUCAGCCAGCAGGUCCAGGAGCAAUACCGGAAAUGGUUGAAAGGGAUCAAGGAAUCCAAAGCCAUCUCUGAGAAGUAUACACUCUCCAGCAGGGCUAUGUCUGAAGUCUCCAAAGACAAUGUGGAGAAUGAAAUUAACAACUAAACCAGAUGAUCCUGUCUCCUGGAAAAUGAGGAAAACACUGAACUGUCAUCCUUUGGGCAAAGAAAUAGAAAAUACUUUUUGAAUCUGUUAUAAGUAACUCUUCAUGGCACCAUUGUGGGAGAAAAGUAUACAGGAAAUGUUUGACAUUUAGUUGCUAGAGAAUUGGGGCCUUCUGGUCCACACAGCAUGCUCAGCUCAAUCCCAGCACAGUCAAGGAGCUAUGACCCAAUUCCUCAGUUG